UCAGUUUACUGUUUACAAGCCUUUUAGUACAAUGUUAUAACAUCAAAACGCCAACUCAUCUCAAGCCAGGUGGCUUUAAGGAUAUACAAAUGAGCCGAAGAGCACUUUUGCUCUAUUGGAUAGGAGAUGGCUGUUGAAAUGAAUGUUCAUGUGGAUGAAUAAAUAAAGCCAUCUCUGGUUUUUACUGUAAUAGCCAGGCAGUAACUCAGAGGAGUUGUUUCUGUGGAACCCCAGAGGAAGCUGUAGGCCUCUCGUUACUCUUCCCCCUACCCUCUCAGCUGGAUCGCUGCAUGCUGGGGGGCAGCUGCUCUUUUAUUCUGACACUGUCGACUUUCUGGAUCGUGUCUCUCUUCCUCCCCCUUUACCUCAAAAUAAUUGUGGGCUUGUUUGCGAUUGUGUGUAUGCGUGUAUAUGCACAUUCAUAGUUCAUGCUUAGGGGUAUUGUUCAGUACUGUACUGUAUGUGCAUGUUUUUAUAAUUAUAUGAUGCUAGAUUGGGCACAGGCUCAGCGAAACUGGACAGUUGAGGAUUGUAAGAAAGACCAAGGCCUGCUUUUUCAAUCUUCAGUUAUCCAGUUUGAUGAGCCUGUGCCCAAUGUAACCUCAGAUUCCCGUUCUUGUUUGACAGGAGUGGAACCUGCUCUGGUCCUCUGCUGUUGUAGCUCUUCUGUCUCAAGGUUCUGUAUAUUGUGCAUUCUGAGAUGCUUUUCUGUUCACUACAGUUGUAAAGAAUGGUUAUUUGAGUUACUGUAGCGUUCCUGACAGCGUGAACCAGUCUCUUCUGAACUCAUCAACUCAUAUCAUCAAGAAGGCGUAACCAACUGCAGAAUUACUACGUACCCAAUGUUUAUUCUUUCUGCACCAUUCUCUGUAGAUCUGCAGUUUCUGAAAUACUUAAACAAAUCCGUCUGGCACCAACAACCAUGCCAGAGUCGAAGUCACUGAAAUCACAUUUCUCCCCCUUCUGAUGUUUCAUGUAAACAAUAACUGAAGCUCUUGACUUGUGUCUGCAGGAUUCUAUGCAUUGUGCUGCUUCCAUGGCUGAUUGGAUAAUAGCAUGAAAGAGCAGGGGUAGAGAUGUUCCUAUUAUAGUGGCCAGUGUAUGUAUAUGAGUUUGUGUGUGUGUGUGUGUGUGUGUGUGUAUUGGGGAUGCAGAGAGCAGAUGCCAUAUCACUCUCCUUCACUCUCUCUCUUUCAUUAGGGCUGACAAAUCAGCUGUCAUUCAGACUGCAGUCCAAUUUACACCUAAUGACUCACGCCUGCACACUGAAGGCAGGGCCAGACCUCUUCUGAUCUCUCUCUCUCUCUCUCUCUCUCUCUCUCUCUCUUGCUCUCUCUCUCUCUCUCUCUCUCUCUUGCUCUCUGACACUCCAUCUCCCCACUUUCACAUUCUCUAUCCUGCUCACUCUCUCUCUCUCACUCACUCUCUUUCUCGCUCUCUAUCUGUAAGUCUGUCACUCACAUUCUCUCUUCCUCUCUCCCUACGCACAAGCUCACACAUACGCAGAUCAGUGUGUGUGGAGAAAGCUGCCUCUGUGAGUGUGUGUGUGUGUGUGUGUGUGUGUGUGUGUGUGUGUGUGUGUGUGUUUGCUCCUCCUCUCCCUCCAGUCGUGCAGUCAACAGCGGGAUGCUGUGAUAGAGAGAAGAAGGAGAAGAGGAUUAAAGAGGGGGAGAGGCAGGGAAUGCUCAUUCUGGAAGGAGGACCUCGCCUUGUGUUCAGGAUGAAGGGAUGACACAUUCUGCAUGCUUGUUAAAGGGACUAUUCAUUUGGAGCUUUAACUCGGGAUUGGCUCUGUCCAUCCUCCCUUGUCUCACUCUCAGACUCAGAUCUCCCAGGAAUGAAAUGGAUUCCCUGACUUUCACCUGUACGGCACGACAGGAGCUCUUCUGACGAGUGAACCCUUGUUCUGAGGGCGCCAGGGGCCUCCUGCUGAGCGCCAGUCUCUCUGUAUCUCUGUGUGACUUCAGGAUCCUUCAUUACAGCAUGUUUGGACUAAAGGCUCCGCUCUACUAUCUGUCUGGCAUGAGCCAUGAGCCAAAGUCGCCAUCGUUAGGAAUGAUCUCCACGGCAACACGCACCACGGCUACCGUCAGCCCUCUCACCCCCUCCCCCAUCAGCGGCACGGUUCUGGCCAAUGGGAACACCGCUUCCCAGUCCGCUCACUCUGGAUUUGCCGCUGCUCUCCGCAAACUGGCCAAGCAGGCGGAGGAACCCAGGGGCCCUACCUCUGUCAGCGGUGAAUCAUCUCCUGUUUCCUCUCCAGCCACCAAUCACAGUUCUCCAGUGGGCACGCCCAAGCGGGGUCCACUAGUGUCGGGGCCGGGUCUUGGGGCUCCUUCUGCCGUCCACAGUGUGUCAAGUACGCCACCCGUGGUCACCAUCGCUCCUACAAAAACAGUCAAUGGCAUGUGGAGAAGUGAAGGCAGACAGGCUGAGGCCACAUUGAGAGGGCCUGCUCGAGAGCGGCUGCCCUCAGACCCUCCUCCCCCUCCUCCGACCCAGGAGAAGACAGUCUCCUCUCUUCCCCCUCACCUCAUGGGGCCGCCUUACCCUUUUGGCCUGAACCCCAGUGCAGUAAUGCAGGAUCCUCGUCUACAAGCCCUUAAUUUAUCACGUCAGAUGCCUCAUGUUCUGCAGUCAGGGGCUGUACCAGUUGGUGCAGUGUCUUUGGGGGCGGUGACGGAGGAAUACCUGCGCAGUGGGUUCCGCCCCUAUAGUUCUGAGGACUUGAGACUAUCUUCACUCCCGUUAGGGCUGGACCCCGGGUACUUUCGCUCAGGAUAUCUAGCCUACCCUGCCCUAUCUUCAUACAGAAUGGAUGAGUCCCUCUGUUUAUCUACCCUGCGCUCGCCCUACUACCAGCUGCCAGCGGGGGGAGCCGUGCCCUCCAUGCAUCCCAGCACUGCUCACCUCCACCUGCCAGGGGUGCGCUACCCUGCAGAGCUCAGCCAUCAGUCUCUGACAGCCCUGCAGAGUGAGAGGCUGCAGAUGGAGGACAAGCUUCGCCAGCGCGAGAGAGAGCGGGAGCGAGAGAAGGAGAGAGCUCACGAGGCAGAGAGAGAGCGAGAGCGAGAACGGGAACGAGAGCGUGCGCGAGAAAGGGAAAGGGAGGAGGACCGAGAAAGAGAGAGAGAGCUGGAGCGACAGAAAGAGAAGGCAAAAGAGAGGGAAGUUCAGGUGGUCCGGGCCAUGGAGAAGCACGUCCUGAGCCAGGAGCUACACACACACUCUCACAGGCAGCAGAUAGAAGACCGAGUCAAGCUUACUCCAAACCGAGCAGAGAAAACCAAAGAGGCCACACUCCUGGCCCCAAAGCCUCUGCAGCCUGGCUUGUAUCCCUCUCCGGGUGGCCCCGCUCCACUCCCGAUACCCAGCCUGGUGCCCACCCCUGGCGAGCGGUUAGGACCGGGUGCUGUGCUGCUCCAGCGCCAGGCAGAGGAGGAGAGAUGGCUGGCACGCCAGAGAAGGCUGAGAGCGGACACGGCAGACAGGCAGGGCCCGGCGUCCGAUUGCUCACACUCACAGCUCAGCACAGAGCCGGAGACACGUGAACCACACACAGACACACAGAGGCCUAACUCACGCCACCAGGACUUGAAUACGAGAGAGCUACCUCACCACCUGGGAGCGCCACCUCCUCUCAUCUCCCCCAAACCCACCCCCCCUAACCCUCCCACUACACUCUGGAAUCCCGUGUCCCUCAUCAACUCUCCCUCACACACACGUCGAGCGUAUGACCCUCCCUUCCCCCCGAGUCGUCCACCUCCAGGAUUGACUAAACCCGAGUGCCCAGACAGGGGCCUUCCUUCUAGGACACCUGGCCUCCUCGAGCCCAGAACCUUCCUUGCAGAGCAGGAGAAGUUUAGCCAGAGCAUUCUGAACAAGCAGAGGCUCUCUUUUCCCCUGCCUGCUCCCUUUGGAGAGCUCAGGGGCACUAAAAGAGCAGGGUCCCCAAUGAGAGGCUUCCCUCAGUGUCCCGGGCGAGAACCAACACUGGUGUAUGAUCACACACUGCAGCAGCACAGAACUCUUCUGAGCAAACUCGACCUGGAGGAGAAGCGACGCAGGGAAGCCAGAGAAAAAGGUUAUUACUAUGAGCUGGAUGACUCUUAUGAUGAGAGUGAUGAAGAAGAAGUGAAAGCUCAUCUGAGGAGAGUCACUGAACAGCCUCCUCUCAAACUGGACCAGUCUAAAGAGAAACUGAACUUCCUGGCUGUGUUUGGACUGACCACACUCUCCAAGCGAGACGAGCUGUUGGAGAGAAAGAGGAAGAAGAGGAGAAAGAUGAUGAGGGAGCAGUCUCCAAUACCUGUUCAGAGUAAAUGUCAGACUCCGCCCACACCCACGCCCACCCUGUCAACCCGAUACACACCCGAGGACAUGGACAGGGCUCCUGAACUAGAGAACAAGAAACAUUUCCUCAACAUGUUCAACCUCAACCAUGUCAGCCAAGAGCAAAAGAUAGAAAAAGAGAAAGUAAUGAAUCUACUUGAUGCCAUCAAAAAGAAAACGGUCACUCUUGACACACUCCGAUAUGCUACAUACACACCCUGCUCCAGCCCUCCUACUACUGCCUCUGAUCCUAUAGCACCCUCCACACCCUGCAAAACAAACGGAGAACCCCACCCAAAUUCCCGUAGCCCCACUCCUCCUGGUCCUACAAGGCACCUUCAUAGACAUUCACAGCCCACUGACCUCUUACGCCGUAAAGAGCCCCCUCCACUCGCCCCCUUGCAGGAGCAGUCUCGUUUAGGAGAAGACCCGCCAAUCAGGAGAACACCAAGCCUGCAGAACAGCUCCAGACCUCCACUCGCAAAGCUGAAGGAGCGGCUGCAUGGGGUCAAUGGCCUGAGUGCUGAGGAGUUUGCUCAACACUUCCACCAGUCUGUACUGCAGUCUACACACAAAUCCCAGCACAAACCCAAAGGAGGUAUCCCAGGAGCCCCUGAGCCAAACCACAAGCUUAACAACGUUGUGCGUUACAACCCUCCAGAGCACCAGGGGGCGCUGAACCGACUACCUUACUCUUACACCAAUGGCCACUCCUGCCACCCUACAGCCCACCAUGAGUCAGGGCUUAGUGAUGAGCGAUCUGCUGAAGAACACUCCAGUGAGGAAGAUGAUGAUGAUGAUGAGGAGGAGGAGGAGGAGGAGGAGGAAGAGGAGUACAGUCCCAAAUGGAAGGGUAUUGAGGCCAUAGUGGAAGCAUAUCAGGAGUACAUAGAUGAGAGGGAUAUAGAGAGUGAGGUUCUGCAGAGUGAGUGUAGGAGAAUGGAGGCUCAGCACUAUCACCUGAGUGUUAAAGCUGAUCAGCUCUCUGUCAGUAUGGGGGAGCUGUUAUCCCAGAGGCAGCGGCUGGCGCUUGACAGGGAGCGAAUGCAGGCUGAGCUCGAGCACUUCAGGAAGUGUCUGGCCUUGCCCACUCUGCUCUUACACAGGGGUCACUAUAAGGGGCCGCUCCCGAGGUGAUCCUCUCACCCUGCCCGCUCACGAUUAGGGAUCUGGGCAACCAGCACCCAGUUCCUCACCGGAAACUGAGAGCCCAGAGCUGUGCUGAAAGCUGAGGGUGAGACGGAGAACAGGAUGAAGAUGAAGCUGAGCUCACGGCACAGCAGGAGGAUCGACUGCAGUCAUACAAGCUUUAUGUUUAACAACAUAAAGAGAGACAGUCAUUACCAGUGAACCAGUGGCUGGCCCUGAGAAUCCCUUCCUCAUCUCCAGCUUUAGAUUCCUGUGUGCUAGAAGAAUAGCAAAUCUUACAACCAAAAAAAAAAAAAAUCACCUAGCUGCUGUAGAACUGGAGAGUGAGGAAGCCCGAUGGAGCAUACGGUGACGACACAAACGCUCGAGCUCAUAUCCUUCUUCCAUGCCACUCGGCCUGCACGUCAACGUGAACGGUUCUUAACACUGUGGCAUACGAGAAGUCUGAUAUUCAGAACAUUUCUUACCGAUAGAAGCAACUUUGAAAUUUAAAUAUCAUUGCUUUAAAAGUGAACAAAAAUAUUGCUAAAAACCGGUAAUAGAUUUUGUACUAUUAAUAAAUCAAACUGUUUAAUUUGGAUUUCAGUUUUAUUCCCAGGCUGACUGGGUGAGGAGGAAUGA